AUGAUUACGCAUUGCCUGGAGGUGCUGCACCAGCGGCUUUCGCUGCUCAGGGAGGUCGCCAGUCGCGUGGUCGUGGAGGAGGCCGUUCGGCUGGCGGAGCACCGUUCGGCCGUGCUGGUUCUAGUUUUGCUCGCGGUCGCGGAGGUUCUGCAUGGCGCGGCGGCGGCGGUUCUGAGCAUCAAACUUCAAAGACAGAUGAAUAACCCUUCAACUUCUUCUUCUUCAACUUCCAUAACCUCUCUUCCACGAGAGAUUCUUCUCAAAAUUCUCACUGGUCUUCCUGCCAAAUCCGCGGUGCGAUUCAGAUGCACCUCCAAAUUCUUCUAUUCCUUCAUACCUGAGCCAAGAUUCGCGUUCAGAAUCCUCGUCUCUCUCCAAUCCAAAACACCCCCCGGAUUAAAUUUAUACUCCGUGAAUUACCAUGAAGACAGCCAUGGAAACCUCCAAGCCGACACUGCCCAACCUUUGGGUGUACGAGGUUUAGUAUGUUCCGCCGAUGGCAAGAUGUGUCUGCUCAGCCACGCAUCCGGGGACGACGCCGUUUUCGACCUUAGUACCGGACGGCAUAUUUGGCUGCCAAGCCGUAUUAGUUGGUCGACAGGCCGUGCGGUCUUGGGGUUUGACUCGGUUUCGGAACGGUACAAGGUUUUCAACUCCGAGGUGUACUAUGAUUCUGAUCGCCAGCGGGUGAUGAAUCAGCUGUGGGUUUUAACUGUCGGAGUGGAUAAGUUAUGGAGGAAGAUAGACGCGUCCACCAUCACGGGAUAUACUCAGACUGCCGUCCACAUUAAUGGGAUUAUCUAUUUGAUUCCUCUCAUUACUGAAUCAAUGACAGGAUGCUGGACUCGACUCUCUGAAUCGCUCAAGAAUCUAUUUGAUUCCUCGAAUAUUGAACCAAAAAUAGUUGCAAUGGAUGUUUCCACGGAGAGAUUUAUCAGGUACAUACCCUUGCCAUCUGAGUGUCUGUCCCCACAAUAUCGACGGGGGUGGCUGCCAUGGGUGAAGCUGAAUGGUCGCUUAGCUUUCAUUAAUAUUCUUAGCCCACAAAAGGCGAAAUCUCUUAGUCCUUCUGGGGCUUUCACAUCCUGGCCGAACAAGAUAAAUAUAUGGACGUUGGAGAGGUCAAUGGAGUGGGAGAAGCAGACAGUGGGUUUGCCAUUGGAGGAAAGGGAGGUGAUUGGAGAAGCUAUUUUCUUGGGGUUUACUGCGAAUAGUAUGGGGGAGAUUGUGUUCUUGAUUCUAAGGAAGACUAUAAUGUCUCCUUUGGUUUUACUUUAUUCAUUUAGAAGAGAAGUUUGGAAAAGAUUUGAGAUACAUGGAGUUUGUAGUUACUCACUUUCUCUCUGGUAUAUGAGAGGUGUUGUGCAUGUAGAAGAAGAGAAUGCAACUUUUUUGGAUUGA